AUGCGCACCGUCCAAUUGCUCGCUCUCUCCGGCCUCAUGCUCAUGAGCAACGUCGCCAUGGGCGCCGAGCUGGACCGCGACGACGUGCCCAAUCGCUGCUGGGAAGUCUGCGGCCCGGUGGUAGGAAUCGCGCACAAAUGCGACAACAUGCACGACAAUGACCGCGCUGAAAUGAAGUGUAUCUGCGACUGGAAUCAGGCACCAUCCCUGAUCCCUCUCUGCGAGGCCUGUAUCGCGCAGUAUCGCAGCGAACGCAACAACAGGGACGAUGAUGAUGACGAUGACGAUGACGAUGACCGCAACCCCCACCACAACGAUGCCUACGACAUCCUCACUUCUUGCUCCCUGUCAACAACCAGCUACAACCCAACUGCCGCAGCUUCUGCUGCUAGCUCCGCAAGCACCAAUGCCACCGAUACAACCCCAACCGCAACCUCAUCCGGCAUCGCCAGCUCCACGAAUAGUGGUUCCUCGGGUAAUUCCAACAGCAACGCGGUGAGUAACACCAACUCUGCGACUAGCGCCCAGAACACCGAUAAUGCGGCGUCUGCAUAUUCAACCCCCAAGGCUGCUUCCUUGGCUGCUGUUGUCGGACUAGGCUUUCUUGCCUGGCUGUAA